GAGAGAGAGAAAGAGAGAACAGGGCUCAUUCCCAUUGCUCAUUCAGAAAAUCAGAGGAAAACAAGCAGGAAGAUGAAGACUCUCUAUGUUCUUAUCAGCUGCAUGUUGAUAUCUGCCUGUCUGUCCACAGGAGAUAUUUCUGAUUCUGACCCCGCUCCAGAAACUCCAGCCUCAGAUUCAGCCUCUUCCUCAGAAUCAGCCUCUUCCUCAGCUUCAGAUUCUGCCUCAGAUUCAGCCUCUUCCUCAGCUUCAGAUUCUGCCUCAGAUUCAGCCUCUUCCUCAGCUUCAGAUUCUGCCUCAGACUCUUCCUCUGCCUCGGACUCUUCCUCCGCCUCUGACUCUUCAGCUGCUGACACCGCAAGUGCUGAAGAGGUUUUUGUGGAGAAGGACCUGGUCUCUGCACUCAUGAGGAAGAAGAGAGCAGCACCGGCAAGCCUGAGCCCCACGCAGCUGGAGAGUCUGUGAUGUGAACCUGGCUUGCGAGCAAAUGGCAGAAGCGGUUGGCAUCGCCGCUGCCCAUACUGCUUACUGUGGGCCAGUCCCCUUCUAGAGACCAAGCAAAUCUCCUUGAAGAUGUACUGUACAGACUCUUAAACAUGCUUGCUGUUCUUUUCUAACCAAGCAUUCCUUCCAAGAGCCUCAGAAAACAGCGGCGCACUGCCACAUCCUUAAAAGGACACCGUAAGUCCAAAAAAGCCCGUUGUGUAAAAACCAAGCCUUCGUCUCCUUCUCAUCGGACGCCUCACCACAACAGCUCCCAACAUGGUCGUCUUAUUUUACCAACACCGCAAGAGAAACGUACUCUUACACUUCGCAAUAGAGCCUAGCCUUUUCCCUGCUUUUCUGUCAACCACCCUCUACCACCUUUACACCAGAUGCUAUGGUGUAGACUCCCGACCCUUGAAAACAAGGGAGGAGAAGGUGGAAGACUGGCUGCUUGAAAAUAUUUUGAAGAAAAAUGUUCCUGUCGAAAUAUUAGCAUUUUUUUUUUUUUGCUGAUGUAUCAUUGAUCGUCAUAUGUCAAUAUUAAUGUGUUUUGUUUUUUUUUUUGGUUGUCAGCAUAUCAUUACGUUCUUUAGUAAUGUACUAAAUACACUUUAUUUGAAAUACA